AGAAGUACUAUUUAUUGUCAUGCUGCGCGGCACGCGGUACUCGGCGCUGCACGGCCUCCAGAAUCCAUGACUCCAUAGGGAGUGGGGAACGGGAUUGUAAGCGUGCGGAUGGCUUUAUCGAGAGUCAGCUUCGCCGUUUCCGGAAGAGAGAGCCGGAAGAGUGGGAUAUGGUUGAAUAUGGUUGAAUAUGGUUCUCGCGGCGGCUGUUUGGGUGGUGAGAUGGGACGACCUCGAGGGGCGUGGCCUUUUCAGGGAAUAUAUACGCUGCAAUCCAGGCGAUGCCAGGCUACCCGCAACAUCGAACUGUAUACACGCUGGAGGAGCAUCUUGCAACUUACCUUACUACUCUGGACUCACAGUCCCCCAGGUUCUCACAACAGAAAUGCAGUCUCGACUCUCGACCGUCCAGAGAAUCGCCGGACGCACUCCCAUUUCAGGGCCGUCGACCCGCCCCUCUCGCUCCCUCCCACCAAUGCCCUCUCCACUGCUCCAGGCUCCGCUGCUCCGCUGCUCCUCUGCCUCCGCCAAGCACCCAUCCCCCCAGCGACCACUCACAGUCUCUCCCCGUCGCCCACCUCGCCCACCACUCGCUCCACUGCUGAACCGAUACACACGAUAUCCUCGAUAACCUCACUGCCGUCCCCCAUGCGGCAACGCUCGUCGCACUCCAUUGGACACCUGACUGCUCUCCCGCAGCAUCCCCUUGGCCGCCCGCUCCAAUGGCUGGCCGGGCGUGUCGCGUCGCCGCUCUUGAUUCGGUGCCCGUAUCACGGGGGGCUGGAUGGUCUGA